AGCCAAUCCGCUUGAGAGUCACCAAACAAACUCUCUCUCUCUCUAUCGUCUCCCUCGUGCGCCAGACUGACAAAGACUUCAGAGAGACAAAAAGAGAAAGAAAGAUCAAAACCUUUCAAUGGCGGCAGGAGCAGGAGGAGGAUCAUCGUCUGCGGGACGGACUCCGACGUGGAAGGAAAGGGAGAACAAUAAGAAGAGGGAGAGGAGAAGAAGAGCCAUCACGGCCAAGAUUUACUCUGGCCUCAGAGCUCAAGGUAACUACAAGCUCCCUAAGCACUGCGACAACAACGAAGUCCUUAAAGCUCUCUGUCUCGAAGCUGGUUGGAUCGUUGAAGACGACGGCACCACUUAUCGCAAGGGUUUUAAGCCACUAGCGUCGGAACUAUCAGGAACUCCGACAAACUUCAGCACGAACUCAUCGAUCCAACCAAGUCCACAGUCCUCUGCUUUCCCAAGCCCUGCACCUUCUUACCACGGAAGUCCUGUCUCAUCUUCCUUCCCAAGCCCAUCUCGUUACGACGGGAAUAACUCUUCCUCGUACCUCCUCCUCCCUUUCCUCCACAACAUCGCUUCUUCCAUCCCAGCAAACCUUACUCCUCUCAGAAUCUCCAACAGCGCUCCCGUAACGCCUCCCUUAUCCUCUCCCACCUCUCGCGGUUCGAAGCGGAGACUCAUCACUGAACAGUUACCAAACGGCGGGUCUUUGCUAAGACAUCCGCUUUUCGCUAUCUCUGCUCCGUCUAGUCCUACACGACGCGGUGGUCAUCAAACACCGCCUACGAUACCUGAAUGCGACGAGUCAGAGGAGGAUUCGAUAGAGGAUUCAGGAAGGUGGAUCAGUUUUCAGUCCACGGCUCCUCCUUCGCCGACGUUUAACCUUGUUCAGCAGACGUCUAUGGACAUUGACAUGAAAAGACCAGAGUGGGGGAUGUCUGGGAGGGGUUCAGAGUUUGAGUUCGAGAACGGUACUGUUAAGCCAUGGGAAGGCGAAAUGAUUCAUGAAGUUGGCGUAGAAGAUCUUGAGCUCACUCUCGGUGGCGCUAAGACAAGAUGCUAAAGAGUCUCGAUCAUAACAGAGCUAAAUCUUUUUAGGCAUUGUACAGGAGCUCUCGUGUGGUCAAAGCCAAAAGGGUUGAACCUUUUAUAUAACCGUUUAUACUUCAAUGUUUUCUUCUAUGGUGAUAAUGUUAUUUGGAGGUAUAAUGUGUGUUUAGUCACAUGAUUAAGAAAAGGUUUUUGGAGUUAAUGUUAUUGUGUUUUUACCGAUUUUAAUUGUUUUAUUAUGAAAUAUAUUAUGAUAGUUUUUAGAGUA